GUCAAAGUCAAUACAAUAGGUUACAAUGGCAGCAUCAGUUGCCAGCAAAUCGUCCGUACGUCGUGCUUCACUCAAAAGCACAACAUCUUAUAAGCAAGCUCUACACGAGAUAUUGGCCAAUAUGCAACCUGAAGAAGAUAUGGACGUCGCACACAAGUCGGGUCCGCCGGUGGAUUUUACCUUCAGAGAUUUAAGAGCUGUAACAGAUAUAUGCAAAGUUGAUCCACGCGAAGGACCUAAUAAAUACGUAAAAAUUGAAGUUAAAAGAAAGAAUGAAAAUGACGAAGAACCUUUGUUUCCCGAUGACAAUGACAAAAAGAAUGAUGAGCCAAGACAAUUUUAUAAAUAUUGCAGCAAAGCAAUAAAGCUUGGGAACAACUCACUAGCUAGACUUGAGAACUUCAGCAGCGGAUUACAGGCAGUUCUUGAAGAUCCAGAAUCGAUUGAAUGGAUCGACUUGUCAUUCAAUGAUUUAACAAAGAUUGAUAACGUUAUCUUAGAAUAUCCAAAUUUGAAAGUUCUUUACCUUCAUGCGAAUUACAUUGAUGAUCUGAAACAAGUCGAUAAACUAGCUGCACUUCCUCAUCUCAAAACUUUAACCCUGCACGGAAAUAUGAUUGAGGGAAAGAAAGGAUACAGGCAAUAUGUGAUAAUGACAAUCCCGCAACUUCAGUAUUUCGAUUUCAGUAGAAUAACAAAAGCAGAUAGGGACAAAGCACAAGUUUGGAGAAAAUUGAAGCUCAUUGAAUCAACUACUCACAAAAAGAAACCAAAAGCGGCCGAAGCAUGAAUAAAAAACAAGAUAUUGUCCAAGGCCAAUUCCACUGCUUCUUACUUUGAUAUUAUUUCUUCUUUUAUAUAUGGCUGGUCGAAAACUUUUACAAAAUUUCAUUAGAGUGAUUCAUAGGUAGAACUCACUGUUGAACUCGGAAAUUAUACCAUCUCCCAAGCUUCAACACGCCUGUUAUUAGAAAGUGGUUAACCUAGUUGGCUGUACCCAAUAGCCCUGAAUUUUUGAUCAGUCACAACGAAUUAUGUGUUAUAUAUUCGCGAAUUGUAAUUAAUUGCGUAUUGUUCUAUGGCUAUGCGAUAGAAGGUUUGUGCAUUAUGUACCAUAACAUAUUUGCUUGUUAGCCCGCAGUCAUCUCUUCUUUAUAGAUGGUUCUACACUUCAUCUGGCUUGAGUAAACAUUGACUAUUGGUGGACUCACUUUUCGAGGUCACUUUUGAUCAAAUAUUUAUACCAAACUUGUUCAUGGGACAUAUUUUCUGACCAAUCCCAUACCAUGCGACGUUUGCCAUAAGACAUAAUUUUUUGUCCCGUCCCAUACCAAGUUAUGUCUGUUCCAUCCCAUGGGAUGUCUCUCACGGAAAUGCCUGGUUGAUACAAAUUGGAAAAUUUGCAUUUAUGUGUCUAGCGUAAAUGGUGCACAUCCCGAUGGCAAUGGAUUCGUGUGGCCGAAUAUAAUUCUGGGUGAUUUUUAGGAAUACCUAUUUUGGCAUUGUGUCAAAAUGUAUCGAAUCUAAACGUAGUCAUAUGAAGGGUUUUUUUCUUUCAGUUUGCGUGUCAACUGGCGAAAAUAUAAAUUUCACCUUUGAGCAGUGUUACAAAUGUUAUCAGAUUUAUAUUGUUUAUAUAGUGUUUUCUUUGUUUGUCGCCAGUAUUAUUACAUCACGUUACAGAGUACAUUGCAUUUUCUUUUCUGUUGAGCAUUCAGAUUUUAUCAGUCAACUCUAACUCCGGUGAGCAUUCAAGCAUCAUAGUACAUUUCUUCUAUUUUAU